CAGUUUCCCAUAGUACCUCUGACAGAUACGAAUGCGUCAUCAGCUGAUUACGUACCACAGAAGUCGGAAUAACAAAUAUUUUAUUGUGAUACGUUUUCGAUGUCUUUGCUGCGUGUGUUCUUGACUCCGUUAUAAUACAGUCUAUAUAAUUCGUUUAAUUAAUAUUACAGUUUCAUUGAAAUUCAAUGUUUAAUUCUUAUAUAUAGUUAUUGGAAUACCAUGCGCGUGUGUUUGUUCAUCUGUGCGAUAUUUUUAUGUUGUGUUUCACCUGUCAGAUUGUGGCAUGCCAAAAAUAAACAAAUAUCUCCAAUUAUAUUCGUUCCAGGUGAUGGAGGCAGUCAGAUUGAAGCUAAACUCAAUAAAACAUCCGUAGUGCAUUAUUUCUGUGGAAAAACUUCAAGUGAUUACUUCAAUAUUUGGUUGAAUUUAGAAUUACUUGUACCAGUCAUUAUUGAUUGUUGGAUUGAUAAUAUGAAACUAAUCUAUGAUAACGUAACAAGAACAACAAAAAAUUCAGAUGGUGUUGAUAUACGUGUACCAGGCUGGGGCGAUCCAUUUGCAGUUGAAUACCUGGAUCCUACUAAAGCUUCUCCCGGAGCUUAUUUUAAAGAUAUCGGUAAUCUAUUAGUUAGCGAGCUUGGAUAUGUUAGAAAUCAAUCUAUACGAGGAGCACCUUAUGAUUUUAGAAAAGGUCCUAAUGAAAAUGCUGAAUUUUUUACUAAACUAAAAGAUUUAAUUGAACAGACAUAUAAAGCAAACCAACAGACUCCUGUAACAUUGUUAGCACACAGCAUGGGUGGACCAAUGACACUUAUUUUCUUACAACGUCAAAGUCAAGCAUGGAAAGAUAAAUACAUUAGUUCUUUAAUUACACUUUCGGCUGCUUGGGGUGGUUCUGUCAAAGCCCUUAAAGUUUUUGCUGUUGGGGAUGACUUGGGUGCAUAUCUUCUUCGUCAAAGUAUCCUGAAAGAUCAACAAAUAACUAGUCCUAGUCUAGGUUGGUUAUUACCAUCAAAAUUAUUUUGGAAAGAAACAGAAGUGUUGGUGGAAUCAAGUGAAAAAAACUACACAUUGUCAACUUUAAAAGAUUAUUUAAUAGACAUAAAUGUUCCAAACGGAUGGGAGUUCAGGCAGGAUAAUGAAAAGUAUCAACUAAACUUUGCACCUCCAGGAGUUGAACUAUAUUGUCUGUAUGGAACUGGAAUUGAUACAGUACAAAAAUUAUACUAUAAGCCUGGUACAUCCAUACAAGGCGUUCCACAAUUACUUCCUGGUGAUGGCGACGGCACUGUAAAUCUAAGAAGUUUGGAAGCUUGUAAAUAUUGGCAGGAUAAACAAAAGCAAAAGAUCUAUACCCAAGGUUUUCCUGGUGUAGACCAUUCGGGUAUUCUCAAAAAUGUGAACGUUUUAAAUUAUAUUAAAACUGUUUUAAAAGUAUGAGAGUACCAUCCAGGAAAUUGUGCCUUUCCAUUACCUAGAAUUUAAUUCUUGACAUCAAGUGCUAGAAAAAGCAAGAGUUCUUCCACUUUUAUGUAUAUAGGUGUAAAAUUUUGUAUUAAGUAAAAUUUACUAUGUGAACCUCGUAAUAUUUCUCCAAAUCCUAGUUUUACCUGAUUAUAAGCAACCAGUCGUAGAUAGCUAAUCUAAAUAUUCUCUUUUGUAAUUACACUAGCUUAUUAUUUUGUCAUCCAUACGUGUGAUGUAUGAUGCUAUUAACAUUACAUGGCACAAAUGAUGUAAAAUAAAAAACAAGAAAUGUU